AUGCAGCUCGAUCGCCCUAUCGGAGCGUUCAAAUCUCUGUCGCAACUACAGAUAACGGAGGAACUCACCUUCGACAAGUCCAAGGAGCUCGUCAACGGGGCGAUCCAGAAUCCGCCGUUCGAUCCGGGUGACGACGGCCGGUCGAACCUUGAAGGAGUUCCUGCCUCCAUAGGCCUCGGCAAACUUCGGGUCGGACACGCGGAUGCGGACGAGGCAGUCGGGAUGGGAGCCGGCAUGAAGUCAGAUGGACGCGGAGUUAAGAGCGAUGUGCGACGACAGAGCGGAGGUGACAGUACGGCGGUCGAUAGUCAUAAGUAUCCCGACAUUGUGAUGCCAUCGUGCGACUCACCCAAGUUCUUCAGGGUCAUUCCGUCGCAUGAAAUCCGCUUUACUGGCAACGCCACGUUGCGAUCGAGCAUCUCGCCCAAGCAGUCGGCUCAGAAGGGGAUUGUGCUCCUCCGGCAUGGGGAUGUCGAGAUGCGCCAUUCGAGCGCCCGUCUGGCAGUAGGGCCUCCCUAUCCGCGUCUUCAAAUAUUGAUGGGAGUAUGGCGCGACAACGGAGGAGGCGUGGGAGUGGGGGGGUUGAUCGCCAGCGAUGCGCGCGACACGACAGUCAGUAGCGCCGAUGCCGUGUUCGACAGAAGGUCGCGCGACAUGGGAAGCGAUGUGACGGAAGUGUUGCCAGCACUGAUAGCAGACUUGCCACAAUAUCACAUUGACUUUGGGACAAAUGUGCAAUCAGCUACCAACAUGAAAGCUCAAGCUGUGAGAGAGUCAUGUGCACUGCACUCACAGGAGGGAAUGUACUGUCCCGUCAAUGUCACUGGGGGGAAGUUGAGGAUCCUAUGGUAUUGCAUUUUGGGCCACAAUGGCAAUCUGUGA